AUGUCGAGCUGUCAGAGGGUCGCAAGACCCAUAACACGGUCGUUGCAGCAGAGCCACGUCUCGCACAUUUCACCCUUCGCCCUCGGCCGUGCUUUCAGCCAGAGUGCAGCCAGGAAAGAUGAAGUCCCCCCGUCCACGACCAGCGCUCCCGCUGCAGAGCCCGUCCCCAGCCCGGCCAGCACCGCGGCGUCGCCUUCAGAGCCCAAAGCCCCCUCGGGCGUCGACCGGGACACGGUAACGGCGUACUGGGCCGAGAGGAGGCUCAUCAAGCAGGGCACGCCCCCGGUUGGCUCGCGCCGUCGCCGCGCUGCCAUCAAGACCUCCGAGAACAUCCCCUUCGAGCAGCUCCCAUACCAGGCCUUCCAGGAGGCCCGCAAGAUCCUGCAGGAGGAUCGCCAGGAGAAGCUCCGGGCUCUGCAGUCGACCCUGGCCUCCAUCAAGAAGCUGGAGGAGACGCCCGCCGACCAGCUGCCCGGCGGCGAGAGGAAGAAGAACAUGCGCCUGACCAGUCUUCGCGCCCACGUCGAGGAGCUCAAGAUCCUGGCCGACAUCAACGACCCCAUUGUCAAGCGCAAGUUCGAGGAUGGCCUUGGUGACAUGAACAAGCCCAUCUACCGCCAUCUCGCCGAGAAGAAGUGGCGCGGCUACCCCUUCCGCCUCAUCACCCAGCGUAUCGAGCAGCUCAACAUCGUGCCUGAUGUGCUGCCCAAGUUCGAACCCACCGUCGAUGUGCAGAUGUAUUUCCGCCAGGACAAGGUCGAGCCCGGCGAGAUUCUGCCCAGUCUUGUCACCGAGAAGCCCCCUCGCCUCAAGGUCCAGGUCUUUAAUUCCGGCGAGCGCCUCAUGUCCGUCGUGGUCAUGGACUCGGAUGUGCCAAACGCCGAGACCGACAGCUUCGAUCGUCGCUGCCACUACCUGGCUGCCAACGUGCCCAUCUCCCCAGACCAACCCUCUCUGCCCCUAUCCAAGGUCAACAAGGAGACCCAACUGGCCGUCCCUUGGCUCCCGGCCUUCUCACAGAUGGGUGCUCCUUACCACCGCCUGUCUGUCUUCAUCCUCGAGCAGAAGCCGGGCGAGACGUUGGACAUUGCCAAGCUGAAGGAGCUGUACUCGGCACGUGACGGCUUCAGCUUGAAGAGUUUCCGGGACAAGUUCGGCCUGAACCCCGUGGGAUUCAACAUCUUCCGAACUGUGUGGGACGAGGGCACGGCCGGCGUCAUGGAGCGAGCUGGUGUGCCCGGUGCCAACAUCCAGUUCAAGCACAAGCGGGUGUACUCGCUCAAGGGGGAGAAGAAGCAGCGUGGUUGGGAAGUCAAGCGACAGAAGCCCAAGUACAAGAGUCUGUGGAAGUACACCCACAGAAUCCGCGGCCUGCCUCGUUACAAGGGCCGCAAGUUGGAUUAG